UUCCGCCGUCGAUCAGCCGGAGUCGGUGCAGUCAGACCAGACUCUGGUCUCAUGGUGGUGUAUGGUAGGCCUAGGUGGUGUGGUCUACAGUGGCGAUUCUAUGAGUUUUGACAGCCUUUGCGGUUAUGUAGGCUAUGACUUGGUAGCCGGUCGCCACCAGGAACGCAUUCGUGGGGCCGCACUGAACUGAGAUUAAUUGUUUGCAGUAGACUCCCCCCUGGCCCCUGCUCAUCAGUGAAAAGUUGUCCAAUGGAUACCGACUUCGCCACAGACCAUUUACUUCUAAGCCUGGAUGUGGAGAAGCUCGCUGCCGAUGCCGUGAUGCAUGACAAACCGGAGAUCACGGGUCCCCGGCGGGCUUACACACACACCAAAAAACGGGCGUUCGCAGAGUUCGUGGAGUCCCGGAGAAACGACCCGCUCUCCUGGCGUUGCUGCGGACAGACCUUUAACGAACCCGCCGCCGUGCACAAGCAUGUCGCCUACGCCCACUCCGUGGAGAUUGAGCGACGGACCUCCGAGACUCUGGACCAGCAGCUGAACCUGGCGAAGAGCGGGGUCUCGGCGGAGCAACAGGCGGCGGAAGAGCCUGGGGACAUGAACGCCUGGAUACCCGAUAUCAGCCACAUCCCGGCAGAACAACUCAUGGAGGGUGAUGGUGAGGUGUUGUUGUAUUACUGCUACUGUGAGCUGACCCAUCCUGAACGGGUGUGUGUGUGGCAGAGAGAGCUGUGUCAGAUGCUGCAUCUCACUGGAAAGGUGCGUGUGGCUACAGAAGGCAUUAAUGGUACUGUAGGAGGAAGCCUGUUGGGAACUCGUUUGUACAUCAGAGCCAUGAUGUCACAUCCUGCUUUCAAACACAUGAGCGAUGACGACUUUAAGAGAAGUGAGGGGGGAGCCCACUGCUUCCCUGAGCUGAGGGUGGGGGUCUACAGAGAGAUCGUUCCCAUGGGAGUGGACCCCAACGUCAUCUCACACAUAUUGGCUGGCACACACCUGGGUCCGGAGGAGUUCCACCGUGAGGUUCAGACGCUGCUGACUGACGAGAAGGCAGCCAGAGACACAGUGCUGCUGGACUGUAGGAACUUCUACGAGAGCAGAAUAGGUCAGUUUAGUAGCUGUCUGGCUCCAGACAUCCGGAAGUUCAGCUACUUUCCCGACUACGUGGACCAGAAUCUGGAUCUGUUCCGGAAUAAACGGGUCCUCAUGUACUGCACCGGAGGGAUCCGCUGCGAGAGGGGUUCCGCCUACCUGCGCUCCAAAGAUGUGUGUAAGGAGGUUCUGCAGCUCCAAGGCGGGAUCCAUAAGUACCUGGAGCAAUUCCCUGAUGGAUUCUACCGCGGGAAACUCUUUGUGUUCGACGAGCGCUAUGCUCUCGCAUUUAACGAUGACGUCAUCUCAGUGUGUAGGUAUUGCGGAGCGCCGUGGGAUCAGUAUGCUCUGUGUUGGCCUCCAGUCUGCUGCCAGCUGGUCCUCAGCUGCGGGAGCUGCAGAGAGAGAGGACACACAGCCUGCUGCCCCACCUGCCAGAGGAAGCAGCAGGCGCGCACACACACCGCACACACACACAGCCCUGACGCAACACACACCGCACACACACACAGCCCUGACGCGACACACACCACACGCAGUCCGGACACAACUCGCACACACAGGGAGGAGUGUGAGUGUACAGACACACGGCCACGCAUCCCCAAAGAUUCAUGAGGACCCACAGGUGUGUGAAUAUGCAGAUACAUGAGACAUCACAAAAGACUAUACACACACACACACACACACACACACACACACAAGUGUGCAAAUAUGCAGAUACGUCACCAAAGACCACACACAAAGUAGCACAGAUAUAAAGCCAAGUGAGUAUAAACAAAACCAAAACUUGAAUCUUUGGUU